AUGGACCCGACCCCCGCCCUCCCCGCGCCUGACCUCUUCUCGCUCGCAGGCCAGAAUGUGCUCAUCACAGGCGCCUCCCGCGGUAUCGGCGCCGCCUGUGCCGUCGCCCUCGCAGAGGCUGGCGCCGACAUCUGCCUCGUCGUCCGCCCCGCCACCGCGCACGCGAACCACGCCACCGCCGACGCGGUCGCCGCGCUCGGGCGCGCCGUCAAGACCGUCGAAUGCGACCUCGAGGACCUCGACGCGGUCAGGCAGAUCUUCCCCAAGGCGCUCGAGGCCAUGGGCGGCGACAUCCACGUCCUCGUCAACUGUGCAGGCAUCCAGCGGAGAUCCCCGGCCGUCCAGUUUCCCGAAAGUGACUGGGACGAUCUGAUGGGAUGGCAGUGGGAACCGCGCAGGGACAUACAACUCUACCUGAGCGCGGUGACGGCAUCCGUCGUGUGGUGGACCCUGCCAGUGCGCCGCGGUCCGUGCUUCGCCCGUCUCCCGUCUUCUGCUGCCGGUCGUUCGCCGGGCUUCGUGAUUUUCGGGGGCUUCUGCGGCUUCUGGCGGCCUGCGUUCGUUGGAGCCCGAGCCGUCCCACUGCCCUUCGACGCCUUCGACUUCGACUGCGGCUUCGACUUCGGGGUGGUCCUGAACGUCAACCUCAAGUCUGUCUGGCUGCUGUCACAGGCUGCCGGGCAACACAUGGUGGCCCGGCGGCGCGGCAAGGUCAUCAAUUUCUGCUCGCUGCUCACGUUCCAGGGAGGCUUCACGGUGCCGGCGUACGCCGCGGCGAAGGGCGCGCUCGGCCAGCUCACCAAGGCGCUGAGCAACGAGUGGAGCAAGGACAACGUGCAGGUGAACGGGAUCUGCCCCGGAUACAUCGCGACCGAGAUAGCCCCGCGGAUGCCGCAGGGCUUCGACGGUGCGGUGCGGUUCUCCGUAAUGAACUCGCGCAGCGCGACUAAACCGCACAUCCGCAUGCGAACGUACGCGGGUCCUGCGGUAUUAUGCCCUUGCCAAGCGGGGAUCAUCGCAGCGAUGCGCGCUACGCAGGAGGGGCACGCAUGGUGCGGCUGUCACGGGGAGGCUCCCGCCGCAAACUGCCUACCACACACCGGCUGUCGCACCGAGCAUCCAGCGUCGCGCUCCGCGUAUGAUAGCAUCUUGCGGUUCCUGCGUAGUACCUGGAAAGGCGCGCGCGCCGUCGCUACACCGAGCUUCUUCGCACCGAACGAGAAGCUCCUCCAGGACCCCGUGCGCCUCCGCCAGAUCUCAGACCGCAUCCCCGCGGGUCGGUGGGGCGAGCCGAGGGACUUUGCCGGCCCUGUGGUGUUCCUCGCGAGCAGGGCGAGCCAGUACGUGUGCGGCGAGCUGCUCGUGGUCGACGGGGGGUGGAUGGGCCGGUAG